AUGGAAGUUGACCCCCCUGACGCGCAGCACGUGGCUCCCAGCAUUCAUUCUAUCGCGUCGACCUCAGAUCCCACCGUCGAGAGUGAAGAAAGAGUCCUCUCGUCACAGAUAACGCACAUGAUUAUUGACGAGGUCUACAAUCUCACGGGUUUAAACGGUGUCAAGACAUGUAGCCUGGUCGCCGGCUAUGGUUGGCUUUCUAUCUGCCGAGGCAUCAUCUUCCGUCGUCUCGCCCUCACGCCAUUGACGGACACCAAGGAGCUCUACGAGAUCUUCACGGAGGAGAGACUACUACCCUUCGUGCGCAAGUUGGACAUCAGGGGACACCUGACAUAUAACGCAGAGGGGGAAGAGGACACAUCUGGGAUGGGCGAAGACGGCCUCCCUGAUCACUCGUGGAUCACUGCUCUCGUCCCCUUUCUACAGAGGCUGAAUUACGGCCCGAAAAUCACAUCUAUAAAGUUGUACGACCUCGACUGCGGAUGCAUGACAUCAACCACCCUGCAGUUCCUGCUUUCUCAUUUCUCCUCCAUUGCAAGACUGCAUCUCUCCUCGGUCAAUUUCCGGAAUGCAAAUCAGUUCAUCCGGAUACUAGACUCUUUUCCAGCCCUCCGCAGCCUUAAAGUCAAUCGUACGGAAUGGGGGACACUCGCAAACGCGACUGAGGGCCAGCUCACCAAGAGAGCGCCGCUCAGGUUAAAGACUCUUCGCUUAGGUCCUACUAUCGGCCGGUAUUCGCCAGUUACGCGAUGGCUUUGCGGCCAACGCGAACUUCUGGUCAUUGAAUACGCAUGGAUCGUGUGGGAAUAUACGGAGCUGAUGGACGUUGUAGAGUUGAUCAGGGUCAUCGCCCCUUCCUUGAAAAGGUUGAAAUACAUACAAUCCAUUACUCAUUCGAAUUCCGAUUCUGAACUUAUGCCCAGUGUCCGCGAGGCCCUAAACCGGGAAUUCAACACGACUGAAGCAUUGGGACAAAUGCUCAGCGGUUCUCCGUUCAUAUUUCGUCGUGAACCCGAAACUUGGGACAAAAACGCCGGCGAUCGGCUUGAGGACGACGAACCUGUAGAUUCUGACUUCGUGAAUCAGUUGAUGAGGGAGUGGACGGUCCACAGAGACGAGGGCGAGGUUUUACACCAAGCCAUGGCGCAUUUGGCCGAGGCACCUAUCCAGAACAGUGCCAUUCCCGAUCUGAACAUGCAUCUCAUUUGGUCCCGGCUGGCUAUGGCCAGUAUCAAAAUGUUCUGUCAGCUGGUCUCAGUGCAGGCCCGACACGUCUGCCUCACGCUCGAGCUCGAGAAACUGGUUCCUGGAGAGACCGAGUGGGCUCUCGUUGACGACAUGUUGGACGCUGCCAGCAUGCAGGGGCCCACUGGUGGCGAAUGCGUCUUCGAACUACGGUUCUGCGGACCGCUCGUACAGGACCUCUUGAUCGAAGGUCCCAGGAUCGAAUUUGAAGGUGGCUCCGAGGACGAAGGUGUCUCCGAAGACGAAGAUGAUUAUGCGGACGGAGGUAUUUCCGAAGACGAAGAUGGUUCCCAGGGCGAAGAUGACUCCCAGGGCGAAUACGCCUCGUUGACCUCAGUUGAACAAAAGCUGCCCAUAGUGCACCAGCGAGGUAUAUGGAUUGUGAGCGAGGCGGAUAGCACAAUCCGAUUGACCCCUUGGUUAACGGCGCAGUGA